AUGUCGGGCGACAGGCCUCCUCCGGAGGCACCAAAUCCGGCACACCCAGAGAUGAGCCAUGAGGAUGUGGUCAAAAAGAAGGAGGAUGCUGUUCUACGACUCUUCGAAAGGUUGGCAUCUAUCUCAGAAAAGAUCACCGCGAGAAAGUCCGAGCCCUCAGAUAUUGACUUGUCUACUUGGAACUCCACAUACGAAGGCAUUGAGCAAGACUACGAGAAAUUCUUUACUUAUAUUGGUAUCUGCGGCGACACAGGCCUGGGAAAGACGAUGCUACUCAACACCCUGAUUGGUGAUACAAUAGACAUCGCACCAAGUUCCCAGCAGGCCGCCUGCACCGCGGCAGUCUGUUGCUUCCACAAUCACUAUGUGGAGGACGGUAAACCGAAAUUCAUUGCCAAAGUCACAUUCAAGAGCAAGGAAGCCGUUGAACAAGAACUCGCAUCAAUGUUCCAAGAAAUGAAAGAUCUCCGCGAUCGAGUGGAAGUGGAAGGCCCAGACGAGAUUACAAGAAAUGAAGAAGUCCGUUUCCAAGAGCAAAUCAAGGUCAUUAGCGGGUGGUCGGGGUUCAGUCCUGCUCAGGUAAAGGAGCUUGGCUUAUCAGAUCAAAUUGACCAGAUCACUAGCUGUUGCGAGAGUGCGAAAAUGUUUUUCAACCUUUCUGAGCCCAACAAGGCUAAGCAGAAACAAAUCAACGCAGAUACCCCUCAAAAGUUCUUGCGGGAAGUGACACCCUUUGUGGGCUCUGUUUCGAAUGCAAAGCGAGGACAACUCCGGUGGCCACUGGUCGAGCUCGUCAGAAUCUGGCUUGAGUCUCCGCUUCUCUCCAGAUGCCCAGGCUUAGUCUUGGUUGAUCUACCUGGCCAAAUGGAUGCUCUGGAUUCCCGCUCGCAGGUUGCUAGAGGAUAUUACGACAAGCUCGACAAGAUGCUCAUAGUCACUCCGGCUGACAGAGCCCAAGACAACCGAACUGCCACGGAACUUAUCUGCGCAGACCAAAUCUACGAUUUGGAAGCAAGUGGCAAGCUCGAUGAUGACUCGAUUGCUAUCAUCAUCACCAAGGUUGAUCAACUCGACUGGGAAAAAUAUGUCAAUACAGAGGCAGACCCAGACUCUAUCAGCCCAUCUUUUACCUCGGACAGAGAUCUCUACGAGGAGAAGUCUGAACGGUUGAGAGAUUUACAGGAAAAAAUAGUCUCUCUCAAGGCUGAAGAUAGUGGGUUCUCUGAGCCUAUUUCUGGGAAUUGCUCUUCAAAGCGUGCGAUCCAAGAUUCCUCCCAGCCUUCCUCUGAGCUGACCCAAGCGAUGAAUCUACGCCACGUUCUAGAGGGCGAGGUCAAGAAAUUGUACAACCGCUGUUUGAUGGCUUGCAUCCAGUCACGAUCCAAGGGUAGCGUGGAGGCUCUCCAGACCUACUUCGAUCAAGUCCGCAACUCUGCUCGUCAAACUCGGGAGGCUUCUACUGUGUUGUCCGUCUUUCCUGUCAGCAGUAAAGCUCAGCAGAACCUCGCAAGAAAGAACUCCAUGGAUGGCUUCCCCGAUAGCACAGCAACGGGAUUCAGUGCUUUAGAAGAUUGGAUUGUCCAAGCCACUCUCUCAAGCAGAGAAAUCCAAGCUGACAAUAUCCUUUACCGAUGCAAAGUCUCCUUUGAUGCGAUCGAAGAGUGGGCUGUAGACAAACCUAGAGCUCCAUUCCAGUUGCCUCGGGCAUCUAAACCGGAGAUUGAACAAGUGUUGAAGGAAGUAUCCCUCAAACUAAAAGCUGACCUUAAAAGAUCCGAGGUAAAUUUGCCGAAGUUUAUGGGGAGGCUGGAACCUUAUAGAGCCAUCAAAAACGUGGCAGAUGAUCCUGCCAUCAACGGGUUUUCCAACCUUAUCGACAGGUUCCAAAAGGAUAUCGAUGAUUCCAGGCUUCAUUGGAGUACCUAUGCGGCAUGCAUUCGUCGCCAGGGACGCCAAUUUCGCACAUCACACAAACCACGAAAGACACAUUGCUGGGAGGCAAGAUUGUACGGUCACUACUGGGCCAAGAAGGCGCAUGUCUGGAAUCUUGCCUUCACCAAGAAGCUUUCUGCAUACUUCGGAACUCUAGCCAAGAGGGCUGGUCAAAGCGUCUCCCAUAACUUGCAUGCGACCUGCAACCUUGAGAGCUUACCACUAGAGUAUAGACAGGCAUUUGGACGAGUGGCCUAUAAAGGCUACAACUUGGCAAUGGAGUAUCAGUCUGAGAUGAUUCAGACCGCAGCUCGAUUUAGGGCGGAUAUCAGCAAAAUUCGUCUCAAGUCCCGGGCAUUUAUGAAUGAGCCAAUGAAGAAGGGCUAUAUUGAAGCUUCUCAGCAUCAUGGGAAGGGAAUGGUAAAGAAACAGAUUCAAACGAUGCACGAGUUUGCAGUCAAAGAAGGAGAUGCAAUUAUCGCAUCUAUUGGAGCCAGUGUCGCGGAGCUCUUAACUAAGAGCCGAGGGGAACUCAUUGCACGAUACAAAAAGUCGAACACUAAUCUGGUUGACAAUAUUGGCAAGAUUGAGAAUCAGGUUCUUAAACAGCUCUGCUCGGGGUCCAAACACGCCCCAGAUUGCGCUGACGAGUUCCAAAAACUCCGACACUCACUUCUUGACGACAUCAAUCUCUGGAAGGAGUUCUGGGAGUCAGAUGGAAGCAAGAUAGGGCCGGUCAGAAUCCCGCCAUGUGAGGAAGCACUGCUGGCCGAUGAUCCCGAUGAAGAAGAGAAAAAGAAGCCGAAGCAGGCUUCAAAGGGAGAAAAGAAGCCACGAAAGGCAGCAGCUCCAGGCAAAAAAGCCAAGGGCAAGGCGAAGAAGCCCGUCCAGGAAGACGCCAAGGACGAAUGGGGCGAAGAAUCUGAGCAAGAGGAGUCUCGCUACGCUACACCGCCAGAGGAGAAGAAAUGA